AGAGGGGGACCUGGUAACCUCCGAUAACCUCCGCACAAGCAGCUUCCAAAACGUCAAGCUCCCUGUUACUCUAGAUCUAUCCAAACACCAUGUCUCGCGAGCUCUUCCCACCGCUGCCCACCUGGGACAAGGAGGACCAUGCCGCCAAGUAUGUCGAUCGUGAUAACAUGCUCAACGCCUGGAUCGACCCCGAUAUCCUCGCACUCGCUGGAGACAUCUAUGCCCAGCCAUACCCGCAGCCCACGCGUGGCAUAGGUUGCCUCGGAACCUACCUCUGCCGCUUGCCCCCUGGGUACGAGGAGAGCGAGGAGCGCUACCCGGUCCUCUUCUGGCUCCACGGUGGCAUGCAGACUUCACGCUCGUGUGAGUGGGCGCUACGGUUCUACGGGAGGAAGAUGGAUGAGGGACUGAUGCCGAAAUGUAUCGUCAUUGCCCCGCAGAUGCUCCCGCAGGGACGGUAUAUCGACAACUACGACGGCACGCGGCCUCUGGCGACGAUUAUGAGCAAGGAUCUUGUCAACGCGAUCGAUAGGCGCUACCGUACCAUCCGUCACCCAUCGGCCCGGUGGAUCGAGGGAUUCUCCAUGGGAGGCUAUGGAACCCUCCACGUGGCCCUGACCUAUCCUGAGAUUUUCGGCGCAGCGUCAGCGCUUGCCCCCGCUGUCCUCUGGAUCAUGGAGGAUGAGCCCGUCUCGCUGACCACACCCACCUACGGAGCCAGUCAUGUCUUCUGGGACCAAGCUCAUCCGUACUAUGUGGCUGGAGUGAAGCGCAAAGAGGCUGGCAAUAUGCCUAUUCGUGUCAUUUCCGGCGAGAAGGACACCCGGCUGGCUGUGGCCAUUCCCCGCCUCGUCGACCGCCUGCGCGAACUUGAGUAUAACCUACAAACACAACAUGUCCUGGGCGUUGGUCAUUACUAUGAGCCCUUGUUAGCCGGUGUUGACGACUUUGCAUGGACCUGGUGGCAGGAGGUGGCUCAACAUAUUGUGCACCCUGAAAAUUAGAGCUAAUAAGAUAGGGCCAGCACAUUUGAUGAAAUCAUGAGAUAGACGGAGUAAGUUGCUAUGGGCUGUCACAAAGACAAAUAUAGAUACAAUAGAUCUAAAAUGUAUAAAAUACAAAAAAUCAAUUACCUCUGUCC